AUGAAGAGAUCAGCUCAGACUAUCGAAACAUCUACCAAGAGAAGAGCUCUCCAGCCAGUUUCCAAUAACCAGUUGGCUACUCCACCUACAACGCCAGAGAAGAAGUCUGUGGUGGACUUGAGCCAUACUUUGACGAAAAAGGGCGUUAAGAAACUCAAUUUCGUCGAAUCCGUAUACACCAAGGCCAAGGGCGUGUUCCAAAGAGGCGCCAGUAAUGAUUCCUUUGACUACUUAGUGGGAAGAGAAGCUGAGGCUGGCCAGUUCACACAGUUCCUUAAGUCUAGCAUAACCGAGAAGAAGUGCAACAGUUUGUACAUUUCAGGACCUCCAGGUACGGGAAAGACAGCACAGGUGAACCUUUCGCUAGAUAAGUUGACGGGAGCUUCGAAACAUGUGUAUGAUCUUUACUCACGCAAAGUGCAAGUCUUGAGGAUUAACUGUAUGACUGUGGGUAAAGCGGAUAACGUGUUUCACGAGAUCUACUGUCACGUCACUGGUCAGAACCAUGGCAGAAAGAAGUCCUUUGAUGAUGUCUACUCUUACUUGACCAGUAAUCAAGACGUGGAUUCUUUGGUGGUUGUGCUUGAUGAGAUGGAUUAUCUUAUUACCAAGGACCAGCAGGUAUUGUUCCAGCUUUUUCAGUGUGCUUCCACACUCAAAAGUCUGGUCUUCUCGACCAAGUUGGUGCUCAUUGGUAUUUCCAACGCGUUGGACCUCACAGAUAAGUUCCUUCCUAGGCUCAGGUCUAAUGGUUACACGCCAGACGCGCUUCAGUUCUUGCCAUACACCAGUGAACAAAUCAAAAAUGUCAUUACUGAAAAACUCAGAUCUUUGGUAGACGACAAAGAAAACACAGGAACCUCUCUGGUUCCAAUGAUGCAUCCAGUGGCUAUUCAGCUUUGCUGCAAGAAAUGUGCAGCAGUCACUGGCGAUCUUAGAAAAGCAUUCGAUAUAUGCUACAAAAGCAUUGAGAUGGUGGAGAGACAGACCAAGGAGAAAAUGUCUUUGGACGACUUGACUUUUGAGUCUGCUCCAAAAGUCCUCAUUGGUGAUGUUGCUAGAGUCUGUACGGCUACGUUUGGCGACAGCUCGCUGACUAAAAUUCAGUCACUCAACCUUCUCCAAAAGGCAGUUCUUUGUUGCCUUUUCAAACUUGACAGGGACACCUCCAUGACUUUGACAGUCAAUAAGCUCUUCGACUUUUACACCAAACACACAGCACAGGUGGCUGAAAAUAUGUUGGGUACGUUGAAGAAGGGGGAGUUCUUGGAAAUUAUUUCUGCAUUGGAAUCAUCAUCGGUGAUCCUCUUGGCUUCUGCUUCUAAGACAUGCACGGGGUUCGUGGAUGUGGGAAGUAAGAGCAUUCGUCCUAACGUUCUGUUGGACGAUAUCACCAAAGCCAUUAAAGAAGUGGGUCUCUUAAAGAGACUCUUUUACUGA